AUGAACUUCUACAACAAUUACUAUGGUGGCCUGGGCUAUGGCUAUAGUGGCCUGAGAUGUGGCUACGGAUGUGGCUAUCGUGGCUAUGGAUAUGCCUGUUAUCGUCCAUGCUGCUAUGGUGGAUAUUGGUAUUCUGGAUUCUUCUGA